UAUAGGGUGUUUAUGUUGUCGGAUCGGUCGUUAUGGAACGCUCGCGAUUUUUCGUCGCGACGUUUUUUUGAAAAAUCCAACGAAUAGCAGUCAAUUGGCCAGCAAAAAGGCUCGUUUCGAUCGCGUCCUAAGCUAGCAGUCAAUAAACGUAAGACAAGUGCCAGCGAUAAUUCAGAAAAGGAGAGAAACACUCACGCAAAAAAGAAGUUGUGCGGAAAACCAGUUAUGUAUUCGCCCCAAGUUCGCGCAGUAUUUCCUUUUUGCUGAGCCAACAACAACAACAAAAGGCACAAGAAAAACAAGCAGAAAAGCCUGUUCAGUUUCCCCAUAAGAAAUCAAAAGAAAUGUCAAUGAAAGUGCCGUGCAAUAAAGAUAAUUAAUCAAAAUAACAAAACAAGAUUUUCCCACUGCUAUUCCCUGUGACCACGGUCUUGUUUUAACUAACCAAAAAAAUUUAAUUGUGCAACAACAACAACAAUAGCAGUAGCAGCGGAGUCUCAACAAUUGGCACAAUUGGCGAUAAAUCAGCAGCAGCAGUAGAAGAAGAAGUAGAAGCAGUGUGAACUUUAGCAAACGCAGCGGAAAAACACAAACAAGCGAAAUAAGAGCGGUGCAUGUAAAAAGGGAAAACGAAUAAAUCUACGAAUAACGAACUGCAAGCGAGAGCAAGAUAGCUGACUCAUUAGCAUUUCCCACGCGGGGGAGUGUAAGUAAAAGUGUACUCCUUUAAAAGAAGAGAGGUGGAGUGAUAAGCGUCUUCCACUCAAAGAGAUCAUAUUGGACAGAAGGGAAAACGAAGAGAAAAGGAGUAAUUGGAAUCUAAAGAGCAAAAGGAGUAACUGGAAGGAAUAAAAUCUGGAAACUAAGUUAAGCGAAGUAACUAAUAUCUAAAGAAGUUCUUAAGAGAACCUGGAAUAACAACGUGAUUUGAGAACUAAGGGACUAACUGAAAUAUUAAACCCUGUACAUUAAGAGAAGAAGCAUUUGUUGCUAAGAAGGACGCAAGAGAUAGAAAACAGUGCAAAUAAACGAGUAUCGAUUUCGCUUUUGCUAUUUAAGUUGGCAACCGUUGACAGUUUUCCAGCUGCAGCGGAAGGCGCGGGGGCAUGGCCAUCAGCAUGUGGCCCUAGACAAAAGACAACAACCAUAAAAACAGCAAAAAGUGCAAAAAUAGAGGGGGAGAUUCGGAGUUGGAGAACCACUUGGCAUUCAGGCAGCGAAGCGUAACCAGGCGGUUGGGUUAGACCGGAAAAGCGUCGAUGAGUUGAGUGCCCCUCGUUUCCACUCCAAUCCACUCCACCCUCUCACCUGGAACCCCUCCGAACUCCGAACUCCGUCCCGAAAUGGAUGCAUCGCCCCUGUCGCCGGAACAGGCUCCAAUAUUGGCCACUGGGAGGUCAUUGGACCAGCAGGUGGACGCCAGUUCGCCCAACCACUCGAACUACUCGAAUCUCACGAACAGCAGCAGCAGCGGCAGUAGUGCCAGCAGUCCCUCGGCCUGCUCCUCCUCGUCCUCGUCUUCCUCGGCGCCCCAAUACAGUGCAGAUAUCCGAGCGGCUGCACUACAUCCACAGCAGCAAAGAGGAUCUACCUCCGGGUCGGGAUCGGCCAAAACCUGUGAGCUGGACGUGGGCGAAGAAAGGGAUACUUUCUCGCCAGUGACUAGUCCGGAUUGCAACGGAGCUGCCGCCGUGGAUGUCCUGCCCUCUUCGAGUGCCUCUGUGGACAAUAAGAUUUACGAGGGAGGCAGCAAGGUGAAGCCACCCUCAAAAGAGGAAAAACAACGCCAGAACGAAGAGAUUGUGUGCAUGGAAACCUCGACGGUGUCAACGGAAACAGGUUCCUGGGAGUCCAUGUAUCCAGCGGCAACAGUUGCUCCUCCCGAGGAGCCUGAGGAAACGGAAACCGCAUCGGUUUUCAAGGGCAUCAGUGCCAGUUCUCUGCUGCGAGAUUUAGAAAAGCGGGAUCAGCCCUUGUCCACCUCCGGGACUAGUGCGUGUUUUAUAGACGCCUCUUCCUUAAGGGACGAGGAUGAGGUGCUUUCCUUUCCCAGCCUAGAUGGUCAUGGUCAGGAAGAAGAAGUCGGGCAAGAGGCGACCGGAGAGGAAGAGGCCGAACCCUCGCCCACAGAGCAGCUGGAGCAGUUUCACAAGUCCUUUGCCAGGUGCAAAGGCGUGAGAUCGACUCAGGCGAGAGAACCAGAGCAGGAGGAACCCGCGGAUGAGCCGGUGGAGGAGCGACAAGCGCCCAUGUCAGUGCCGUACAGCUUCCAGCACAAUGCCCAGCACUUUAGUGUGCAUCCCUUGGGCAGCAGUCCCAAGUUCAGCCACCACCAGCAUCAGCACCAGAGUCAGCAGCAUCAUCCCGAUCUCAGCUACACCACGGACUACUCCUCCAGCAGUCCGGCUCCGAGCUUAGUGUGGUCAGAGCAGAGCAGAAACCACCAGGCAGUCUCCGCUUCCACGCCCCACAACUCGAUGGUGCACAUUGAACCCGCUUCGGCUGGGAGCAAUAACUCCUCUAUCCACAGGGAUUAUACUUUAUCUUCCUCACUAUCGCAUCACAGGGACUCUGGUGCCUACUGCAGUGAUGCUACGGAUUCCCCGCUGCCCUUGCCACGUACUCCCAAGAGAAGUUCCAAGUUCGACGAGGCCAAUCCUAUUGUUUCUGGCGGGGCAUCCAUCGAGGAUUUCCGAGAGAAGCAGUGCGAGAGUCCCAGCAUCAAAAGACGCACAGACACCUGUCCAAUUGUCUCGGGAGGAUUCGUUUCGCUGGACUUUGCGCCCACUCGCCCGCUGGCGGAUGAGGAUGACGAGGAGGACCUGAACGAAGAUGCAGAGAUUGCUGGGGUAGAAAUGAGGGUCAAGACGGGACUGCAAAGGAAGCCUGUUCCCGGAAUCGCUUCCUGGGUGGUGGACAUGAGUGACUGCCGGCCGGAGAGGAGGAGGAGCACCAGCAGCACCACCUCCAGCUUCCGGGAGCGCUCCGACUCCAACAGCUCGCACAAGAGUGGCUGCGGCUUCUACGUUUCGUUGGAUGACAUGGACAGAAAACCACAGGAACAGCCACAGAAACCGUCAGUAGCUGCUCCUCUAUCGCAGCUGAGCAAAUCCUACACGGCACCCAAGUCAGCAGGAUUCUUCGUGGAUCUCUCGCAAAGUGGUAAAGAAGAAGAACAGUUGCCAAAGGAUGAGGUGUUGGCCGAAGUCAAGGAGGAACCGAAGCCAGAACCCAAGAAUAUAUUCAGUAUGUUUAUUGAUAUUGGGGAGCAAAAGACACCGCGUUCCAACGGCAGAAAGGAACCCUUGAGUCUGGCUCUGAGAUUGUCCAGCUCGUUGAGCUCCUCGGCUUCCAGAAGGGGAGACACCGAGGUGAUGAAGUCCAGUGCCAGUUCCACGGAGACUCUGAUGGCCAAGAGUGCUAAUCAAAAGGAUAUGUCAGCCGGAGCUGGGGAAAGUAAAUCCCUGGACUACAGAUGCAAUUUGGAGCCUCCGCUAACGGUGGCUGCACUGCGUCGACUUUCGCAGCAGCACCGUCAGCAAAGUGAUCCCGCCAAGCGUCACAGCUGGGGCAGCAAUGGUCAGCCGGAGCAGGCAUCCGGAUCGGGCAACGAUUGCAAGCGCUCCAUAAGCCUAACUGCCAAUGGAGCAACGGAUUCGGGAGCGGGACUAAUGAGCAUCAUUGACAAAUUGCCCAUUAUAUCCAAGGCCUCCUCCCUCUCGAUAGACAGCUCGGUUUCUCCCUACGACGAUUUCAGUGGUUCCAAUCCUGGAUUGAGCAGCUGUUCGGAGGAGGAGCAGGGUCAGGCACAGGGAAGAAUCAAGAAGAGGCGAAGGGAUGUUCAAUUAAAUGAGACCUAUGACAAAUCCAGCUUGGCAUCGGUAACGGAGGGCAUUCUGUCCAAGGACAUGUCGCCCGCAUCCAACACUGACACCGACGAUCUCACUUUCCAGCAGGACGAACAGCUAGCCAAGGAGCAGGCGGAACUGAUAUCAGUACCGCUCCAGCUGAGCAGCAGCUCCAAUCGCACCAGCAGCGUAAUGGAGACAAUUAUCGAAGCGAAAGAGACGGCCUCGCCGAAGAAGCAGGUUACCCUCAACAAUGGCCAUACAAUGGAAUCCCUGCACGCCACUAUUGAAAAACAGAAGCAGCUGCUUGAGACAGUCAACGAGCAUGGAGAGCAGACGGCCCCGCUGCCCUCCCAGAUCCCCUCCAGCUUUGUUAAGCUCUCCGACAUGGAUAAACCCGUAAAGCACGAUUUGCAGUCGCCGGAUUCGAUGAGCAAGAGCGUGGGCAACAACCACAGAAGCUCGCAGCUGGGUCAGAGGCUCUACAGGGAUGAGAACCGUGCGCGUCCGCAUUCCUGGGCUAUGACCCGAUCCACGGGCAACACGCUGCAGAACUUUACCAACUCGGUGGACAAUAUAAGAAGUCUCUCCCGGCUCUUUCCAAACUUCUCGAAGGAGUUCUCCAACUCGCUGCCAAACGGCAUGACCCUGGAGCAGGUUCAGAGUCAGCAGGUGGACUACAUCCAAACGGAUCUCAGUGCGGAUUCAAGCCUGGCAUCCAGUUUCAGUAGAUCGGGCAUGGAUGAAUCCUCGCUGAGCUGCAGGCAGCCCAGGCGUUUGGGGGAGGAUUUGCUCAAGAUGUUCCUGCAGGAGAUUGCCACGGACAUGCUGGUGGAGGUGCAUGGACGACGCAUUCGCGCCCACAAGUGCAUUCUGCGCUCCCGUUGUCAGUACUUUGCUGCCAUGUUGGCCGGCCACGGAUCACAGAGUGUGGUUUCCCUGCAGGGUUACUCCUAUGCAGCGGUUCACUUUGCAUUGUGCCACAUCUACUCGGGUGCCUCGCAUCCGCCGGAUGGGAUCAGUCUGAUGGAGCUGGCCGCUCUAGCGGAUUUGCUGGGACUGGAGGGUCUCAAGGAGGUCACCUCGCAUGCGCUGAAGACGAACUACUGCCACAACUUCCACAAGCCCUGCUCCGGGUGCACCGAUGGCAUCUUACAGGUGCUGCCCGUGGCCCUGAACCAUGCUCUGGAUGAUCUGUACAGGAAGUGCCUGCGCUGGACGUGUCGCCACUACCUGAAGGUGUGGCCAACCAGACAGUUCGCCCAACUUCCGCCGGACAUUCUCGGCCGAUGCCGCCAGCAGAUUGUCGCUUACUUGACUUCGGAGACGGUGCUGGACACGGUGCUCGACUGCGACCAUCUACUGGCCCAAUUGUCGGCCUAUCGAUGGGGCCACGUCUGCGAGCAGUUGGUGCGCGAGAUCUUGGAAGCAGCAUACGCCUAUGUAGGUGACCACUUUGCCAGUUUGAUCGCCAGUGAUUCCUUCUUGUCGCUGGGCCACGAUCGCAGCCGGCACAUCCCGCGCCUGGAGACGCUGCUUCUACACACGGCCGCUGAACUGACUCCGGAACAGGCUUGCCGGAGUUAUCAGCGGGUAACCCGCUUGAACACUGUGCUGCAGGCGAAGGUCAUCCAUAUGCCGGCCAGUUUGGGUCAGUCGGAGCUCGCACGGGAACUGCAGGGUCUACAGGAGGAGCAGCUGGACUGGCAACCGGAGUACAUUCGACUGGUGGGAGCAUUGGUUUACGCCGUAGAGCAGUGCCUCAUCCGACAGUGCUCACGGGCUAUGCGCGUCACCGCCUGGCAGCGCAUGGACUUGGAGCUACGCAAGAAGAUUCAAACGCUGGCCCGCCUCACAGAGCCGUUGGACAUGAAGCGCCAAAGUGGCAAACCGGUGAGCAAGGCCUUUUCCUUCGGCGGCAGUACACGCAGCCAGGAUCUCGUGCAGAUCAAGCUGGCCAUCCAGGCGCAGACGAAGAGAGCCCAUGCUCAAGAGACACUGCUGUACAAGGCCACCCAAACGCAGGAUGCGUCUGGUGGAGCAAAUCACGUGCAAACAGCUGAUAGGGGAGUCCAAGCGAAUCACGAGUCCAGGGAGGGAGGCAGUAAACUGCUGAAGUCCAACUCCCGCGCCUACGUUCCUCAUCGCGCCAGCUCCCAGGUGGCUUCGGAGCGGAACAGCUUGAAUCUUCAUCGACGCACCCAGUCAGAAGCUCCGCCAGUGACCCACAAGAAACCUGCAGCUCCUGUGGCGGCUCCCACAAUUGAACCGAAGACUGCCCAAGGCAAACAUACUGCGGUGACUGCCAAACUAGGAGAAGUGCGACCCCGUUAUUUGGAGCCCCGCAAACCAAGGGCUGCAGCUCCGUCGGCUACAAACGGCCAUAGUGCCGGACCCGUGCGCAGUGCCACUAGCUCGAGCAUUCCCGCGAAUGGAGGCAGAAAGGCGCAGGCCAAGAACCUGCACAUCUCUUCCAGCGAAAGCUCACGGAAUUCGAGUCCGGCGGCACGCAGAGUGCAGAACGGCACACUGCUGGGCAACAAGUCCAGCAAUCUUUCUAUGGACAGCUUGGCAUCGCCGGCACGUCGUGCUAAGAGCAGCUCUAGGGGACCACAGGACAGAUACUCCUCCGACCAGAACUCGCUGGCGGAGAGCAUGAAGAGCUCUGUGAUCACCAACAAAACGAUCUCACACGAGUCGCUCUCGAGCAGCUCGAAACUGGCUAGAAUCCAGCAACUAAAUGGCCAUGGCAAAGGAGCCGCAACGGGAAAGAUAAAGGCCACACAGCGAGGUUCCACGGUCGGCAACAAGUCAACCCGCCAGUUGAAGCAACAGCAUAAUGCAAUGGCCUCCAACGGAUCAAGUCCCAGUUCGGUGCACACCACCAAGUCAGCAGCCAGUCGUUUGUCCUCCGUCAGCAGCACAUUUUCCACUCGGGAGCUGUUCAAGCAGCGCUCCAUUUCAGUGCCUGCAGGUGGGACAGAUGGAGCGCCAAACAAGGGACGACACAGCUUCCUCUCGGCCAAAUCCCGCGAGAUCCUAGCCAAGCGGGCGGAGAAAAACAAGCUACAACAGCAGCAACAGCAACAGAAGCAAACCGAAGCCCCGGCUGAUGAACGUGGGUCAGUCCAAUUGCGUUCCUCCGCAGGUCCCCUGCGCUCAUCCUCACAUUCCGCGGUGUCCAGCAUGCUGCAGCAGCACAAUCUGCGAAACAGUCUGCCCUCCAGUAUUCCCACCCGCCGGCCCAAUACGCUGCACCUGAAGAAAACCACUGCGGUGACAAACGGAGUGGGUGGACCAACUAAAACUGCAACCAAUGGGCUGACGAAUGGAACAUACAAGUCGGCCCAGGCAGUCAAACAGAAGCUGGACCUGCUCAUUGAUGCCCAGAUGGAGAGUGGGGUGCCCAAGGAACGUGUAGAGUCCAAACUGGAGCGCUCCAGCACCUUUUGCAAGGAUAGCGCCGACCUGGACAUCAGCGAACUGCAGAUUGUGGAGUAAUCAACUAAAGAAAAAGGAGCAACAGCAUCAAUAUGGGGUCGUAUCAAAUAUGGUCCCCAAACAGAUGAGAACCCGAAUCCAGAACCGUACACGUCCCAUAAGGCAACACUAGUCAAUAAUCUAGCAUGCAGCUGCCGUUGCAGUUGGCGCAUGAAACCAUUAUACAAUAACGAUAAUAACGAGAUGAUGUUACUACCAACAGACAACCGCGAUAAUUAAAAACGUUAAAUACCA